AUGAAGAAAUCCUCACUAGUGACAACUAGCCACGGCUUUGAAGAUCAUUGUUUCACUGCCCAGUUAUUCCUUGUUGUCAAGCACCAAAGGGUUGGAGCAGCUUUGCCUGUUGAUGUCUUAACAUACGAGGAAAAGAGUAUGUCUGCAAUAUUAAGGGUUAUUAGCAGUGGCUUUGUCAAGCUGUGGAGCGCUCUCACGCUGCUGGGCUUCUACCAGAACAGACGGUGCGCCUUUCGAGUGCUGCAGACGUCUCCAUUUCUUCUUGCAUUAUCUGGGAACAGUAGAGAACUAGUAUUGGACUGAUUAUGCAGUUGCUGGUUUGGCUGUAAGAAGCAGAAGUUGCUUGAGAUGUUGCUGGUCUUCAGGCGUGGAAUUUCUGGAGGGAAUUUGCAGCAAAGAGCCUUGACAAAACGUGUAGUUACCACCUCACUCCUUGGAUGUCCCUUACUUCGACACUUACAUAUAAAAGUUGGAGACAAAGCUGAACUUACCAAAGCUUUUACACAGAAUGAUGUUGUUACUUUUUCUGAUUUAACAGGUGACACAAAUCCUUUACAUUUAAAUGAAGAUUUUGCAAAGAAGUCUAGAUUUGGGAGAACUAUUGUACAUGGAGUUUUGAUCAAUGGACUUAUUUCUGCAGUUCUAGGUACUAAAAUGCCAGGCCAAGGUUGUGUAUUUCUUUCUCAGGAGAUCAGAUUUCCAUCUCCUUUAUAUGUUGGUGAAGAAGUCUUAGCUGCAGCAGAAGUUAAACGACUGAAGAGAUCUGUUGCACACAUUGCUGUAUCGUGUACGGUCACAGAAAGUGGAAAGACUGUUAUGGAAGGGAUGGUGAAAGUCAUGGUAGAGGAAAAUUAGAGCUUUUCAUGCUAUGCUACUUAAUAGUAAAGGUCAGAAACAUG